AUGUCCACGCGUUUAGUCGCAUAUCUACAGCUUGCUAUUUCGCUCUACCAGUCUGUGGCUAGGGGGCAGGCGGUACUUAAUCCAUCCGAUACGAUGGUAAUCAGCAAUGCGAACGUCAGCCCUGACGGUGUUCCUCGAUCGGCUGUAGUCGUCAAUGGCGUCCACCCAGGACCGGUUCUCGUUGGACAGAAGGAUGAUAACUUCGCGAUCAAUGUCGUCAAUGAACUCACGGACCCUACGAUGCUUCGUAGCACCAGCGUGCAUUGGCAUGGCCUCUUUCAGAGGGGAACCAACUGGGCUGAUGGCGCAGAAGGCGUCAAUCAGUGCCCCAUCGCUCCUGAGCGGUCGUUCCUCUAUCGCUUCAGCCCUGCUGGACAUGCGGGGACUUUCUGGUACCACUCUCAUUUCGGCACGCAGUACUGCGAUGGCUUGCGUGGUCCUAUGGUCGUUUAUGAUCCAGAAGACCCUUAUAAGGACGAGUACGAUGUGGACGAUGUGAACACCAUCAUCACUCUUGCCGACUGGUAUCACACACCCGCCCCUUCUAUUCGAGGAGCUUUCCGUCCUGACGCGACUUUGAUCAAUGGUCUUGGUCGCACUCCUGGAGGGCCACCUGUAGACCUGGCGGUUGUCAAUGUUCAAGAGGGACAGAAAUACCGAUUCCGUAUUGUCUCUCUCGCUUGCGAUGUUAACUUCCAAUUCUCGAUUGACGGACACAAAUUAACCGUUAUCGAAGCCGACGGACAGCUCACUGAUCCUCUCGAGGUCGAUAGGAUCCAAAUCUUCACUGGACAGCGAUACUCUGUUAUCCUUCACGCCAAUCAAGCUCCCAACAACUACCGAAUCAGAGCGAUUCCUAAUGCCGGAGUCGCCGGGCUUACUGGGACGGUAGACGGGGGAGUCAACUCGGCCAUUCUCCGAUAUGCUGGUGCUCCAGUCGCCGAGCCCACGACUGAGGCACCCAGCAACAUGAUUGAUUUGUCCGAAUCGCAGCUCCAUGCCUAUGCUGGUGGUGAUCCGGCUGCACCAGGUCGUCCAGAGGCUGGCGGUGCAGAUGUCACCAUCCCUCUCAGGUUCACCUUCUCGGGAGGGAGAUUUUUCGUCAACGGAACUUCUUAUACCAGUCCCUCGGUGCCUACCCUCCUUCAGAUCAUGAACGGCGCAAAUCCUGGGGAGCUUCUUCCCGAAAACUCGGUUUACUAUCUACCAAGGAAUCAAGUCGUCGAAGUCGAGAUUCCCAGCACUGGAAUCAGUGGAAGUGGUCCUCACCCCUUCCAUCUUCAUGGCCAUGCAUUCAGUGUCGUUCGCAGCGCCGGUAACAGCUCCUACAACUAUGUUAAUCCCGUAAAGCGGGAUGUCGUCAGCAUGGGCGGCGAUUCAGAUUUGGUCACGAUUCGUUUCGUCACCGACAAUCCUGGGCCUUGGUUCUUCCACUGCCACAUUGAACCUCACCUCGUCGGCGGCCUCGCUAUCGUCUUUGCUGAGGCAAUGGAAGACACUGCGGCAGCCCACCCUGACAUUCCUACUGAGUGGCGUGACCUUUGCGACAUCCACCAUGACCUCGACCCGUCUUUGACGUCGGUUAGCAUUGUCAGGCGAGCAGAACCGACCGGUCUCUCCGCUAAAUUCCGUGGAUUGUAG